AGCUUGCCCGACCCGCAAACUACUCGCACGGCUCGCUCGACGUUCACGAAUAUCGACAAGUGUGACAGUGACUCGAACAUGCAAGUGAUAGCUACACUACUCUUUGCGAGCGUUUUGGCCGGCGUCCGAGCCGUCAUCCGGACGCCUCUUGAGGCGUUUAGGCCUUCCGGAGAGAUCCACAUCCGAAGGCCGGACAAACUACCACUUCUCCCGCACAGACGGACCCUUUUACAGCCGAAAAGUGGACUCAAGAUUCUGUAUCAAACCGGAAUAUCCGAAGAGGAUCUACCCGACUGCAGAGCGAGGCAGGUGUGCAGUAAAGUAGAUUUAUACGAUUCAGCACAGCCGUGGAUUGAGAGGAAGUGUCGUUGCCUGGGACACAGGCCUUGUUCUAGUGAUCUAUCCGAUGACGACAAUCACACGUUAGCCGAUAAAACAACGCUUUAUAAAACGUGUGAACCAGUGAAGCGUUUGCCUAAAUGUCGUUACUUUAAAGACGCGGCUUGGAUCAUAUACUCCUUCCCCGACAGUAACGCCACUCAGCAAAUUGUUAAUUGUCACUGUCCGAAGAACUCCGUUACGUAUCUUUUGAAGAAAUUGCCAUACACGACACCUAGCGGAGAGCAAGGGAACCAGUACCAGUUUGCGUGUUCGCCACAAAGUAGGUUAAGGUGUUCAAGGAAAGAGCCAUGCAAGUUAUUCAGCGCGAGGCGCCGACACGAGCAGAUAGACGAGGUUAACGCAAACACGAUCUGCCAGUGCCCAAGGGAUCACACUUGUCCGAAGCACCACACGGAACCGGGAGUACUACCAGGCGUAACGUACGUAGCCGAGGACAUCCGCACGUACCACGGCUACUGCAUGCCCGAGCCACCGCCCGACACGUAUAGAUUCGUCGGCGACAAAGACUGAAAACGAAUAUAGAAACCCUUGAUAGCAAUUGUGAUCGCUUGCUGUGCAUUCCAAACGUACACUGGCUUUCGAAUAUUAGGCAGCUUCUAUGAUUUGCUCAUUACCUGUUUAGUACAAAAAAGUAAUAAUUAUAUUAGGACAUCAAAAAUAACUCAUCUAUAAUAGUUCAAAGAUAUCUCGCGAACGAUGAUAGUAUUCGAUAUAUCUAAGUGAUACUGAUUUAAUGUCAAAACUCUUUAUUCGUUGAAAUAUUUAAAUAAUUAUUUAAGAUAUUUAAUCGCGAGGUUUUUUUUUUCAUCGCUUCGAAAUCAUGUUUGUAGUAAAUAGUGCGAAUAAAGAGAGUUGGCGGUAAAUACUUGUAUAUAAUUCGCGUAACUGUAGUGCUUGAUAUUACUUAUUGUUUCUGUUAUAUUUGUAAAUAUAAAUAGUAGUUAAUUAAGUAUCAUUCCAAACGUUUAGUUUAAAUUAUUUUUUCAUAUAUUAAUUAUUUACUUGCCAUACUUACUUAGUUGUUGCGUUUUUAUUUUGUGAGUCUUUUUUGACUUACGAUUUGUUCCGAGUCUUCCAUUCCAGUCAUGAAGACAUUUUAUGUUCAUUGUUUUGUUUGUUUAUUGUAUAAUAGUUUUUAUACGAUAAUGUUCGUUCGAGAGCCAUAUUUUAAGUAUACAUUAAGUAAUUUGCAAAACAUGUGAUUUUAAAGAUACUUUUAUUAUUUUUAAAAGAUGGACCGGCGAAUCUUUUUUUUUAAAAAUUGUUGAACGUAAAUGGAUUGACAAUAUGAACGAUGUGAACUUUAGAUAUUUGGCUUCCAUACGUUUAUAUCGCGUUGAGAUGAGAUCACAAACAGAAGUCAUAUUAUGUGUAUGUAUGUAAAUAUGAAAAUGUUGUUGUUUGUAAAAUCAUACCGAUUUGACGGUAGGUCUUCCUUAUUUGUUUCAUGUAUAGGUUUAAAAUAAGUUAAAUUAUUGACAGAAAAUGA